AUGGGUGACUUGUGUUCAUGUUGGGAUGCAAUACACAAUGUUAUGAUGUUGCAACAUAACGAAAUCAGGGCGUCAUUUGAAAGAAGCCUACAUGUCAAGACUCAUGAUUUCAAUAUUAUCACGUACAAGAAACUAGUGGGUGUUGUAUCAAGAGUUGCUUUGGUACUCAUUGCUAAUGAGGUUGAUCGGGUUAAAAACAUUGGAUUUGAUAGUGAACUUUGUGGUUGUAUGUUGAGGCAAACAUAUGGUUUACCUUGUGCAUGUGUAUUAGCUAGAUAUGACGUUGGUGUGAUACCUCUAGGUGAAUUACAUAUUAUGUGGAGUAGAAUGAGUUUCUCUGAUCUUUUAUCAGCUGAAUCAAUACUAGAGUUGGGCAUUCAACAAGAAAUUAAUCUCUUGACUAAUCGAUACAAAGAAGUUGACAUUACAGGAAAAGUCACAAUCAAGCACAAGUUGAGAGAAAUUGUUUGUCCAGAACAAACAUCAAUGAUUGCACCGAUGCAUAAAGUUAAAACUAAGGGUGCACAAAAGACUCGAGCUUAUAGAUUUGAAAGAUUUACUAAGCGUGACCCCUCAUAUUUUGAGCACGUGGAUGCCUUCCAUGAUAGUCAUUUGGGAAAUAAAGAUUUUCAAUCUAAGGCAAAGGCAAGGGCAAAAGAUGUAUUGCUGCUUUAUUGGGAUAACAUGGACAAAUGGAUGACUAUACCUGACAUGGGAUAUCUUAUUGCUAAUAAAUACAAUGUCAUAUUAAUGUGUUUGUCAUUGGUUCAAAAUAUGAUAAUACUUCCACUACGUUCUACACCAUCCGUUGAUAUAAGGCAACAUUGA